AUGGCCGUUAUAAAGACACCCAAGCCUACAUUCCCUGCAGAGGCAGCGAAGCAAGAAUAUGCCGCCUCUCUAGACGCAGAAGAUGCUUUGCGCGAAUUCCGCAACCAGUUCAUUAUUCCCUCCACGGCCAACCUUGCCACUAAGAAAUUGGCCAAGCCAGGUCUUUCCGAUGAUUCUAGUAUAUACUUCGCUGGAAACUCAUUAGGCCUUCAGCCGAAAGCUGUGGCAAAGUAUAUGGAAGCUCAGCUGGAUACCUGGUCCUCGGUUGGCGUUGGCGGACACUUCACUGACCUCGAAGAUUCGCCUAUGCCGCAAUGGCAGUUAAUGUCGGAGAAGGCGGCAACUUCAAUGUCCAGGCUUGUUGGUGCGCAGCCCGAAGAAGUUGCUGCGAUGGGCACCUUGACGAUGAACUUGCAUUUGUUGCUUGCUAGCUUUUACAAGCCCACCGAGACCAGGAGCAAGAUCCUGAUGGAUUGGAAGGCGUUCCCCAGCGAUCACUAUGCAAUUGAAUCGCAGAUCGCCUGGCAUGAUCUCGACGCCAAAAAGAACAUGGUGCUGAUCGGUCCGGAUGAGGGACAGCACGAGAUCUCAACUGAGAAGAUCCUCUCGAUCAUUGACCAGCAUGCCGAAGAUGCGGCAUUGAUUCUUCUGCCUGGUAUCCAGUACUACACUGGACAGCUCUUUGAUAUCCCCACCAUCACCAAGUAUGCCCACUCCAAGGGUCUGAUCGUUGGAUGGGAUCUGGCUCACGCAUUCGCCAAUGCCGAGUUGAAGCUGCAUGACUGGGACGUCGACUUUGCAGUCUGGUGCACUUAUAAAUAUGGAAAUGCCGGACCCGGGUCCAUGGGCGCACUGUUCGUGCAUGAGAAACACGGCCAGGUUGACUACAGCGAUGGACCUGAUGCCCCCAAGUUCCGUCACCGUCUGACUGGAUGGUAUGGAGGAGACCGGUCGGUGCGCUUUAAGAUGGACAACAAAUAUAAGCCUAUUCCCGGAGCUGGAGGAUUCCAGAUUUCCACCUCUUCGGUCAUGGAUCUCACCUCGCUAUGUGCAGCUAUGUCUGUCUUUGAUCAGACCUCCAUCCAAGCCCUGCGCCAAAAGUCCAUCAAGCUGACUGCGUAUCUCGAGUUCCUGCUUCUAAAGGAUACCGACGAGGAAACUCGUUUAUAUGACAUUAUCACGCCUUCGGACCCCGACGCACGCGGUGCCCAAUUGAGUGUUUUGCUUAAGCCUGGCCUGUUGCACAAGGUCGCGGAGCGUCUGCAAAAUGCUAGUAUCAUUUGCGAUAAGCGAGAGCCUGGCGUUGUUCGCGUUGCGCCUGUACCUUUGUACAACACCUACUCUGAUGUGUUCAAGUUUGUCAAGGAGUUCAAGGGUGCAUUGGCCUCGUCAUGA